AUGUCUCUCGAAUAACUUUAAUGUUAUGAGGAUGAUCAAUAUUAUGAUCAAUCUAUCAAAUCAACUUAAAAAUAAUCUGUAUAGUAUAUUGCCACUUUGAAAUCAGAACAAUCUAUUGAAUCAUUAGAAAAAUUGGUUUCUCAUGAGUAAACAAAAGAUUCCAAUCUCAAAUUCGAAUUAGAUUAAUUUAUAGGUUUAUUGUAGAAAUUUAAACCAUCUCAACUUAAAAAUGAACUCUCUAUUAUUGCUAGUACUGAAUAAGAAGAAUAUUAUAGUUUUCAAUAAAAGUAACCAUAAGAUAAAAAUCAAAUUAUGCUUGAAGGUUAUUAAAAGUGUUUCAUAGAUGCAACUAAAGCAAUUAAUCAAAUAAUUAUUAAUCCUAAAGAUCAUAAAUAUAUUAGUUAAAAUUUAGAAAAAAUGAAAAUGAUAUAUGUAUUAUCAUUAUAUUUAUUUAGAUUAUGCAUAUUUAGAGUUAUUAAGGAAUGGAAAAAUCUAUUAAUUUAUUAAAUAGUUUAAAAUAAACAUUAAUUGAUGCUGAUUAAGAGAUUUCUUUAUUAUACAAUCAAAUUUAAUAAUAAUAACUGAUCAUACAAAAAACAUAAAGUUAAUUGAAAUCUGUAUAAGGUGAUCUCAAUCAAGAAAGAUUAAAUUGUUUGGAUUUAUAAUAGAAGAAUUAAUAACUUAAACAUUUAAUUUUAGUUGCCAAUAAAUAAUUUGAAGCACUUCAAGAGAAACUAUUAUCAACUGAAGAGGAAUUAAAUCAAGUAGUUUAAUAAUAGAAUGAUUAGAUAAAAUUAUUAGUUAAAGCAAAUAAAAAUUUAAGAGAAACAAUCACUAAUAAUGAAAUUAAAUCAGAUAUCAAAUAAUAAAAUACAUCUCCACUUAGAUCAAAUAAAAAUUUUAAUAAUUAAGAGAAUUAAUAUCAUUAAUCAAAUAAUAAAAUAAUAUCUCUUAAUUAAUUUAGAAAUUAUGUCUAAGAUUAAAAUUAAGAAAUCCUCUCACCUCAAAAGUAAAAUUUCACUAAAAGAGAAGGAAAUAAUUUUAUGAAAUUAUUAUGA